CAAAUAAAAGCAAAGUACUAACUUCGUCUCAACUUUACACAGUACAUGUACAUUUUUAUUGUAGCAAGAUUAAUAUUUUUUUCCUUUUCAGAGUGCGCGCGAGAAAAAAUGUAGAAAACUCAAACGUUGCAAUGACGUCACAAUGCAUUUGAAAUGACGUUACGUUUAUAAUCUCGCAGAACGUAACCGGAAAUGACACUAAACGUAUAAAAAUGGACGAAUUUGCGGAAUAAAACGACAAACCACUCCUCGAAUAUGAAGGAUGAAUGUUAUAUCUUUUUCGGUAAGAAAGCAAUCGGCAUGGCAGGACGAUCUCCAACAUUCUGUGCAUAAUUUGGCAAGGAUCAGUAGGUCUACAACUUCACAAACGUCCGAAAAUGAUAGUAAUGAAAUUCGCCGCCGAAGGGACAGGACCAAGGAUUUGUUUGGAAAACUAAAAGAAAUUGUCACUUCCAGAAAAUAUAGAGAUGUAGACUGGCAUCGCAUUGUCAUCAAUGUCGGUGGAACUAAAUUUUCAGUGUACAAUGGCACGAUUAGGACAGUUCCUGGAACUAGACUUGCAAAUUUGAGUCUUAAAAGUGAAGAAUAUGAUCGCAUGAACAAUGAGUAUUUCUUUGAUAGAAAUCCAGAAUUAUUCCCAUACAUUCUAGAUUUUUACCGAUAUGGGGAAAUGCAUAUUCCCAGAUUUAUAUGUGCAAAGAAAUUGUUGAGUGAAAUGAAAUACUGGGGUCUGAAUGGGUCAUGUCUAUCUCAUUGCUGUAGGAAGUAUUAUUAUGAUUCCCUAGACGAGAUAUUUGAUUAUGAAGACUUGCAAAAAAUGUUUGAAACCGUCCCUGAAAAGCUUCACACAGUGGACAGCGGGAGUAAUUUUGGAGACACGGAUAUUCGACACAGGAUUUGGUCACUCUUGAACAACCCGUCAUCGUCGACGUCGGCAAAGGUGUGGUCGAUUCUGUAUAUGAGCCUUGUCAUUCUGUCCAUCAUCUGCAUGUUCACAAGUACCCUCGCCUCGUGCAGAGUGGAACCAAAGAACACAUUCUUUCAAAGAUACGUACCCAAACACAUUGCAGAGAACAGCUUCUAUGUUAUUGUUCCACCACGAUUUACGAAUUUUUCAGAACCCUGUAUCGACCAUUGCGAUACUUUACCCACACACAACAACAGGGUGUUGACUUUUUUGACUACCCAGCCCCACAGUGCAUUAUUAUUUUUUGACUUAUUCUGUCUUAUAUUUUUUACGACAGAGAUAAUCAUUCGAUUUGUUUUUGGUAGACGGCGGUGGCGCAUGCUCAAAUCGUUCACGACGAUAUGCGAUAUCCUCUAUCUUAUUCCGGCGACAUGUAUGUUUGCAAUCGACUUCUAUGAUCGGACACACUGGCACAAUGUGAAUAGAAUAGGAUGGUUUCUUUUGCUCCAGACCCUGAUGACUCUCCGAGUUCUACGAUUGUUUCGAUUUACAGGGCAUUACCAUGGCCUGAAAACCUUGUGGCUGGCAGUGAAAGCAAGCAAACGUGAAUUGUUUCUGCUUUUUAUAUUCAUGAUAAUGGCAACCUCAUUUUUUGCAACAUUUAUCUUUUGUACCGAAUUUUUUGAAGCAUCAAGUUAUUACAACAAUAUUUACAUAGGAAUGUGGUGGUCAUUGAUCACCAUGACAACGGUAGGGUAUGGCGAUUUUUAUCCGAAUUCUGCCUUCGGAUACGUCCUUGCUUCCUUUUGUGCAUUGACUGGUAUCAUUUUAAUGGGAAUGCCCGUACCGCUGAUAGCCCGUAAUUUCCAUUCUUUUUAUGGGUUACAGUUCUACCAUGCACGCGAGUAUCAAAUCAAACAUAUUCGACGUGACGAGGACAACGACUUGGCGAAGGAAGUGCCCAAAGAACAAAGGGAAGUUGAAGAACCGGAAGUUAAAACUAAGCCGAAGAAAGCGGAUGUGAAAGAAAAACAAAAUGAGUUUAAGGUUAUCGUCACCGAAGAAAAGACAGGCGAAGAAAAAUUCAUUGACACUAUUCAGAGCGCAGUAGAAAAGCGCAACAAACUCAUGGCCUUGUUUGAAAGAAAUAAAGUCAGCCCUGUUAAUGAAGAUGGUGAAAAUAUAGCAAUGAAAAGAAGGCGUCAGAGUUUGUAAAAUUAGGAUUAAUCCAUAUAUUUAUGUAUACAA